UCAGAUCGUCGCUGUGGAGGGGCUGCAGAGGUAGGAGGGUACGAUCAGCGCAGGUUUUAAACCCGCUGGAGCCUGUAAUGCAGUGACAGAGACACCGGGCUUGUUUUUGAACCGAUCCGUGACAGCAGACAGACACCAGCCGAAACCUCGCUGAACACUCGGACAUGGGACAAACACAUUUGUUGUUGGAGCCGCUCCGUUUCGCCAUGAAACCAGCUUAUUUUGAUUACCUGCAGCCCGCAGCUCGGAGCCUUUAAAUUAAACUUCAGGUUAAAGGCAGCUGAUCUGCUCCAGCUGAUAUUUCCAUCUGGACCUGAUGGUAUGAGAGGCUCCGGGAGGCGCUGAUGGAGCUCCAGGAGUUGAGCUGGCUGUGUCUGGUGGGUCUCUUCCUCGCCUCCUUGCUCAUUGUGCUAGGAUGGCUGUUCCAGUACUCGCUGACUGUGCUGCGGCUGUGGAGAUCCAGGAAGGCAGCUAAGCAGGUCAAGACAGAGGCAGCCUGGCAGCUCAGACAGCCUCCUCAGAGCCUGGCUGGAGGUGUGUGGAGCUUCCUCCUGAAGCUGCGCGCCGGCCGGGAUGGAGGAACCGCAUCUGAGGCCGGGGUUAAAGGCUUGUUGACCUCUCUGUUCUCCUUCAAGUCCUUCAGGGAGCACUGGCAGAGGACCUGGGUGAAGGCUCUGAACGAGCAGGCUUGCAGACAUGGGAGCUCAGUCCAGAUCACUUUUGACAGCGGCCUCCAGUUAACCACAGCCUCUGCAAUAGAUAGCGUGACCUGCACUGACCAGUCGGCCAACAGAAUGGUUUUACACUGUAAAUGCUGCAUCGACACAGUGACAUUUCCUGUGACGGUCACCCAGCAGUCACAUGCUGCCGUUUCCAUGGACACCUAUCAGAUCACUAUUGCACCAAUGGUGGCAAAGGUGACGGCGAGCCUGGAGGAGGUAGAGGACGAGGGUCUGCUGAUAUCCUGGAAUCUUUCCAAGCAGCCAUCAUUGUCUCUGACCGUGUCUCCGUGCAAGCUGCAGAGACAGGGCGCUGAGAGUGAGGUAGAUCUGGACAUGAUUAAGGGACUGAUCGAGGAUACUCUGUUCAGCACUCACCCAGCGAUGGUGCUCAACCUCAAAACAUGUGCACCCAGUCCUUCAGCCCCCAUGGACCAUCUCUCAGUGGGUUUGAACUCUGUAUCCCAGACUGUCUUAGUGAGACGACUGCUCCUCCGGCAGCUCAGGGCGACCUUAAGUAGAGGUCAGUGGUCUCGAUCGGGGGAGGUGUGCUGCAUCCUUAGCCUGGAUCAACCCUCUGCGGAGAGGACAACCCGCUUCCUGUCUGUGUCUGGCAACCCCAACGCUGCACUCGAAUGGAGUGAAGAAAUUACAAUGGAGCUGGGCCCAGACACCAAGGAGCUCAGAAUAAGACUUCUGGAGCGGAAUGGCAAAAGGGAACAGUUCCUGCCUGGUCACGCCUCCAUCGCCUUGGACCUCCACAGACAGGUUCCCACUGGACAGCAUAAACUGUCUAUAAGCCCCGGCCAUGGCUUGGCACCAAACGCUACCAUCACUGCUGAGCUGCUUUAUCUGGAAACAGAGGAGCCUCGCAGUGCACACAAUGCUUUACCACUUCGGUCUUUACUCACGCCCACCAAGAAGGUUGAUGUGGACCGAACCAUCAUGCCAGAUGGAACCAUCGUCACUACUGUCACAACCGUCCAGUCUCGACUGAAACUUGAUCGCAGCCCAGGUGAUUCCCCUAUGCGUUCUCCAUCCAAAGUGGAGGUGGUUGAGAAGAAACCCACUAUCCUGUCUGACGGCAGAGGCAGCAGCAGCCCAAACCCCAGCAAGAGCAGCCGCCUGUCUAAUGGCCUGGAUCCUGUUGCAGAGACCGCCAUCCGGCAGCUGACAGAGUCCAAAGUAGUUCGGAAGACUCCGACAAAAAGAAGCACGCUAAUCAUCUCGGGUGUGUCAAAGGUUCCACUAUCAGAGGAAAACUGUGCAAUAUCAAGCGGCUACGCUGCAGCCAUGGAUGCAGCCAUGCAUGGCAACCAUUACGGGGCAGGACAUCACCCGGACCAAGACGAAACCACACCGUCUGACGUGUCGGAGCGUCCAUCUGUGGAUGACGUGGAAUCAGACACUGGUUCCACUGGUGCCUUGGAAACCCGCAGCCUCAAGGAUCAUAAAGUGAGUUUUCUACAGAGCGGCACGAAGCUAUUGUUCCGCAGAAGACAUCGAGAGAAAGAGUCCUGCCUCAGCCAGUCGCAUGAAGACAUCUCCAACAUGGGCAAUAACUUCGCCGCUGCUUCCAACAGUAGCCGUAAAACGUCUGGCAGCUUCUCCCGGCGUCUCAUCAAACGCUUCUCCUUCCGCUCAUCGGGCAAAUCAAAAUCCAAGGCUGCUGCUACCAACGGAGGAGCGAGCUCACUGGAUAACUAAUUCUCAUUAAUUUGGGUAGGACAUGCAUCAUCCAGACCUUGUUAUGAGACCUUUGUUAUCGCUGUCAGGGGAACAACUAAACUCAAGUCCGGUCUUCGACAGGCUGAACACCCCAGGCGGGUUGUCACCUGUACAUCCAGUAAGGAGGAAACCUCUGGAAGGACUCCUCUAUGGAGAGAAAUUAUUGCACCUUCAGGACAGAAGUCAUGUUUAAUCACAUCACUGAAUCUACAAUGUGAUUACCAAAUCUAUUUUCUUUGAAAAGAAACCUGCUGCUCGCUGAGGAGAAAGGAAGAGCUACAGUGAAAUGUUUUGUGCCGUGUUUGAACACUAACCAUGGAUGGACAGUUUAAUUGUGGCUGGUGGUGGAAAAUGUUCUUAAACUAUUUAGUGAUGUAAAAUGCCAGUAUGAUGCUGUUGGUUGCACUUUGGACUUUAGAAGUUUUUUUAUUUUUAACAGCACAUGUAAAAAAAUUGUUGGUUGUAAUUUAUUAUUAUGUGGAAAUCAUGAAACAAACACAGUGCUAUUUAUUUUACCCCCCAAAAAACUAGUCAUCAUAGUUGCAUUACACUGUAAAAUAGAGACAUGCUGUGUAUUUUUUCCAUGCAGAUGUAAUUUAAAGACAUAAUUUAAGUAAGUUAAGAAAAAUCUGUCUUAAGCUCGCUGUAAUGUCCAUUCUUAAUUGCUUAAACAUGGGUUUCAGAAAGUUGUUUAAUGUUGUAUCUUAUAUAAGAAGCAAAAAAAAAAACAUUUAUUGUACUCUUAUUUUAUAAAGGUACUUUUUUGUGGAAUAUCAUAACUUUGGUUUGCUUUUUGAGAAUUCAACCAGACUUUUUAAGCUGGCCAUUGAGUUGAAACUUAUUAAAUUCUGACAUUAUUCUGUCGGUAAAAAAAGAGCAACAUGAUCAGGUACUGCUCUCCUCUGUUCAGAUGCAGCCUGAGUCAUGCUGACGCUCAAAGUGACUUUAUAUUGAUUUUAUCAUUAUAAUAACUAUCAUUGCUGUUCAGUAAAUUUGCAUAUAUUGUGUUAAAUGCCUUGCAGGGAUUGCAGACAAAAUCAUUUGCAGGAAAUGCUGACAUGCAGUUCAUAAUUAUACACUAAACAUAACAGAACCUUGUAUUAACAUUUAGGAGCAUUAUUGUUAAUAUUUUUAAAUGAAUAUUGCAAUAUUUCUGCAGUUGGAACUUGAGUGUCUCAAAGAAGUGUUCAGAGAUGCUCUGCUCAGGCAAAGUGAGUGAAGUUUAGGACAGAGCGGAUGUACUGUACUCAGGGCUAGCAAUGAAAUCACUAAUAGCAACUAGAGAUGUGAAGAAACCUGCUGCAUCCUUCAAAGGCAAAUAGAACCAGUAUGUAAAAAUGUACAUACAUUUUUGCCAUUUGUGUUUUGUCUGAGAACAUGAAAAAUCUUUUACCUGGCUGCAUUAGCUAUGGGGCUUCAGAACAACCCAAUUAAUUGAUUUACUCUUUUUUGUAUCAAUGAAAAGACACACAAAUUAAAUGGAUCGCACAGGUGGAGCCCCUGCUGUCAAAAGGACAUGUACUCCAUGCUUUACAAAACUACUACGAAUUCAGAUGCUGAAUAAAAGAACAAAGCCUCUUCACUGUCUAAAGGCACGUUGAAAAAAAAUGUAUAUAUGUGAAACACGGGCUCUUAUGUGAAACUAAAAGUGGCUACAAAAUUUAAGAUAUGACUUCCGUUGUUAUAUUUUAAAUAUUUAAUUUAUUGCAAAUAAAUUAUUUUUGAAACAUCA